AUGGAAGUUGCUGGAAUUCAUCGUUUAUUUGCACGUUCCAAAAUGCUGUGCAACGUAAAAUAUGCACAUUAUAUCGGAGAUGGAGAUGCAAAAGUCUUUCUUAAACUAAUUAGUGAUCCUCCAUACGAAGAUGUAUCGAUUACAAAGAUAGAAGACGUGAAUCAUUUUUCAAAAAAGAUGUUGCAUCGUCUUCAGAAGAUUGCAGAAUCUCUGAAAAAAACCAAUAUUGAUGGUAAACUUGGUAUACGUGGUUCGGGUCGAAUGACUAAAAAAAUGAUGAUUAACUUUAAACAUUAUUAUCGCCUAGCUAUCGUAAGAAACAAAACAAAUCUCGAUGAUAUGGUGCGUGCAGUUUGGGCCAUUUGGAAACAUAAAUCUUCUUUGAACUCAGAGCCACAUCAUGAAUGGUGUUCACCAAGCUAUUGUGGAUAUUUACAAGCAUUAGAGAAAGGUGAAGAGUAUGAUCAUACGCCACAUAGUUUGCCGUUGAAAAUAAUGCAAGCAAUUCGACCGGUUUUUGAAGAAUUAGCUCAUCCUGAUAAUUUGAAGACAGUUCUCAAUGGUGGUUCUCAAAACGCGAAUGAAAGUUUUCAUUCUAUUUUAUGGAGUUUAGCACUCAAGAACCGUUACAGUACAGGUGUUAUGAUUGAUCUCUGUGUCGCAAUGGCUGUUUCAUUUUAUAAUGAUGGCUAUCAGUCAAUAAUACCGGUUCUAGCAGAAUUAACAGGAAACCCUGGAUUUUUCACAAGAGUGGGCAUGAAGAGACUCGAUGAACGUCGCAUAUAUUAUGAGCAUAAAAGAAAAAGGAAAGCUGUACAAAAAUCCAAACAAAAUGAAGAAACAUCUGAUUCGCUAAGUGAUCGAAUGAGUGUUGAUGAUAAUAGAGAUGAUCAAUUAGAUGACUCAUAUAUUCCUGGUGCAUAUUGA